UGAUGAUAUCGGCAACCAUUCAAAUUAUUGAGGCAAAACGUAUUUUAUCUGAAGAAAUUUCUCACUUGUACCCUGGAGCUACAUUAACGCAGGGGGUUCUUGGUGUGAAAAACCAUGUCAUGACUUAUGUUUUGCAACAAAUUAGUCGAAAAGCAGUGAUGGAGAACAUUUCAUUGAAAUCUGCUUUCGUAAUGUUUUUAGCUUUUACUGUGAUGAUAUCGAUAACAGUUCAGAUUGUUGAGGCGAAACGUAUGUUACAUGAAGAAACUUUUCCCUUUCAUCUUAAAGCUUCACUGGAGUCGGUUAAAAAAAUAGGAUUUGACUUUUGUAAACCACCAUGCAAAGAAUUAUGUUUUGGAACAAGUUAUCACUGUGUAUGUUCUCAUGUUCCAAAAAUAUAAAGUACAAUCUAAAAAAUUAUGAUCUCUAAUAAAAAAAAAAAUAUAUUGUUGACAAGUGCGUUACUUAAUUUCAUGUAAUAAUUGUGUGAACAAAAUUUAAAAAAAUAUAUACAUAUUUAAAAUU